AUGAGCUCUCAAACCAGCUCAACGACGGAGUACGAAUUUAUCAUCGUUGGCAGUGGCCCUGCUGGGUGUGCAUUAGCUUCAAAGCUUGCCAGGACAAACAGCCGUCCAAAGGUCCUUUUAAUCGAGGCUGGCAAAGACUAUCCUGUGAAGAAUAUUCCACAUGGACAACGCUGGGGGGCUUUCCAAAACCCCGAGAUUAACUGCGGCUACAAGACGGUUCCGCAGGAACAGUGUUAUGGCCGGCAGAUCGACUAUUCUCGUGGAAUGUGUCUCGGAGGCUCCACCGCCAUCAACUUUGCCACCUACAGUAUUGGCUGCCGUGACGACUUCGAGGAAUGGGCAGACAUUGUAGGCGACGAUCAUUUCGGCUGGGACAAUAUGAAGAGGCGAUUCAAGGAUUUGGAGACCUUACACGAUGCUGUCCCAGCCGAUAUGAACGGUAGAAAGUAUGCGGCACCAAACCUCGCCAAUCACGGAUCAUCUAGUCCUCUUCAUGUCGGAUUUGUGAGUGAGUGGGAGCGGGACCUUCCGUCAAUGAUGGAAGCGUUUGUGCAAGCUGGCUACGAUAUCAACCCAGAUCACAACUCCGGUCACCCCCUAGGAAUCUCUAUUUCCAUCAAAACUGUCCGAAAAGGAGUCGUAUCAUCGGCCGAAGACUUGAUAUUGAACGCCCCUGAGAAUCUUACCGUGAAAGUGAAUUCUCCUGUUCAGAGGCUCCUGUACGACCAGAAGCGAGUGAUUGGAGUGGAGAGUAACGGGCAACGCUGUGAGUCCUUUCAUAUGCGGUGCAACGACGAGAAACCAAGGAAACUUGCAGACCUGGCCUCGAAAGAGAUGAUGCUGAGUGCGGGUGCCCCCAAUACUCCCCAGAUCCUGAUGCAUUCUGGGAUAGGCCCCGCAACCCAACUUGCAAAAUUCGGCAUACCGAUUGUCCUUGAAAACAACGCUGUAGGACAGGGCUUACGAGAUCACUCUUUCUUCAGCAUAGUGCUCAAGCGAAAGGAGGGUAGUACUGACCGCAAGAGCUUUUAUGGAGAUCAGAAAGCCAUGGAAGCCGCCCAAAAGCAAUGGGAAACAGAGCGUACUGGACCCUGGACAGUUUUUGGUUACGAAUCAGCUAUUGGUCGGUUCAAGUCGGACGAAAUCAUGCAGUCUGACGAAUUCAAAGCCCUGCCAUCAACCGAACGCGCAUUUUUGAAAAGAGAAACAGUGCCACAUUUCGAGGCACUCGUUAACGCUCCGAUCCACUGA